GUGAGUUGAUUAUCGGAACCUGGUCAUACAUUCAGUUGGAAAGGAAGCGCUCAUCCCGAAACAUCGCAACGCAGCCUCACGAUAACACCCACCUCAAGAACCAACCCACUACCACCCUAUAUGCAAUUCAAGAUGACCGCGGGACUCAAAACGAUCAUUUCACUCUCCUUUGUUCUAGCAAUAGGUUUCCUUCUAGUCAUUCUCUCCUGCGCCCUGUUCCACCAAUACCUUCCUCUCCUCGUCGUCGCGACCUACGUCCUUGCUCCGCUGCCAAACUGGAUCUGUGGACGAUGCGCCAAUCCCGAUGAUUUCGUCGAGAGCUCGGGUAAUGCGGUUGUGGAUUUCGGGCGCUUCUGCACGGGGUUCUUGGUCUUGAUGGGUGUUGCUCUUCCGGUAUUGCUUGCACACUCAGCGAUCAUUCGAUGGGAUGCAUGUGUCAUGUCCAUCAUUGGAGGUGGACUCAUCUAUGGCACCAUCAUCGCCUUCUCAAUGUUCUUUGAAGAGGAGCAAGAAUUCUAAAUCAGGAAGCAGAGUGUCCGGAAAUGGGAGGGAGAAUGGAAAUCGAACCGGCAACCUAGCCAAGGGAGGACGAAAGAAGGGAAAAGGAGCACUUGUAUGUGUAAAGUGUAGCAUAUCAUCAGCACGGUCUUGGGUUUUUCACGACGUUCGAGCAAGGUAGCGCGCGAAAUUUUGAUAUUUCAAAUCUAUCUAUUGAAACAGA